AUGUCUAAGAAUUGUGAAGACCCUCCAGCACCCGGAGCAAUUCUAGAGAAUGUGUGGGCGAGCUUUAUUAGUGGGGAUGGUCCGGGUACAACAUAUACACCAGAAUUGUCCAGACCCUGGGAAGAACUUCCUAGUCUUGAUAGGAGAGAUGGUUCAAAGGAAAUUCUAAGACGUUUGCCAAGUCUAGGAAGGUGGAUAUCAAUGGGAGCUGAGGCCUGGGAAGCACUCCUAGAUGGGAUUGUGGUCCCUGCAAGCAAUAUGGAACAGUCCUGUAAUGACAAUUUAGAAUGCAAUGGUGCCACAGGCUUGUGCUUACAAAAGCCUAAUGCAAGAGCAGAGAAGGCUGCUACAAGGCACUAUCGGGGAGUAAGGAGGCGGCCGUGGGGGAAGUAUGCGGCAGAGAUAAGGGACUCUUCAAGAAAAGGGGCACGAGUUUGGCUUGGGACUUUUGACACGGCAGAGGAAGCAGCUUUGGCCUAUGACAAGGCGGCUUUGAGAAUUAGAGGCCCCAAGGCAUAUCUCAACUUCCCACUUGAGACGGUUGCCGAGGCUUUAGGACUUGAUUACUCAGGAAAUGAUGUGUCCUGUUCUUCCAUGUCAAAUAAAGGACUAGGGGAGGACCCAGCUUGCACAUUUCUUGGGAAGAGAUCAGCAUCGAGGGAGUUUGAACAAGAUAUUGACAUGAUUAUUGAACAACCUGCAUUGAAGAAAACAAGAAGCAUGGAAAAUAUACUAGGGAAUGAAUUUGAUGUUGUUGAGUUUCAGGACCUUGGGACUGAUUACUUGGACAGCUUGCUGUCUUCUUUUUGAAUAAAGACUGGAUG